CGGACAGCGAGCGAAGCAUCACCGGCGGGACAUUCUCGUUAAAACGUGAAGUGACAGUAGGAACUGCGAAUAAAUCCCGUCCGCAGUCGCCAUGGAACUAAAUGUCUGUUUUAUGUUGUUGAUAGAAAUGCCGAGGAGAUAAAACAAGCUACAUAACAUUUCAAAGAUGGAGCCCCUUGCCCCGAAUGCUGAGGUUCGCCUGGCAGUGGCCCAAUGUUUCCGGACCCUCAGUACAUCCACAGACAGCGAAGACAUCAUUCCUGCUCUUCAAACACUCCACUCUUACUUGGAUGAAGGACCAGAGAGUGGGACCACUUCAGUUCAGCGGGCAGAGUUCAGGAGAGCUCACUUCACUCGGACCCUUCAGUUCCUUGUCAGCAACAUCCAGGCCGACUGGUUGCACAGCCUCACAGCAGCCCAGCGCACGGAGCUAUGGGACGGCUUGUUCCUCAGAGGCCCUCCGGAGCAGGCGCUGCUGGUGCUGAUGGAGGGAAUAGGAGAGCUGAGACCCUGCACAAAUCUGAACCACUUGGUCGACAUCACUGAGAACUUCCUCCGGCGUGGUCGACUCGCUGAGCUGCUGUGGUCCUUCUGUCUGGAGGCAAGACCCUCCGACUCCCCCCAGCUCCGAGAGACUCUGCUGGGACGUAUUGUGGCGCUGCCGGACCUCACGGCCAACAGAUUACAUCCAAACAACAGGCCUCUUUUUCUUCCUCAGCAGUACUACCCACUACUGGCCACAGAGAUGCUCACUGCCCUGGAGCGGACCUGCCAAGCACUCAAAGAUGGCACAGACUGCUCCUUGACGUUUGUGGCUCAGACAUUUGGAAAAGUGUGUAUCCAGGGCCACAGUGGUCUGAUGCUGUCAGUGAUGGCUCCUCGGCUGUCUGUCUACACGCGCUCAGACAUGGUGUGGCAGAGGGUUUGCUGGAAGCUGCUGGAGAACGUUCCACAGCGGUGGGUGGAGAGCGUGCUCACUGGACUGGUGCAGGCUGUGAGCGGGCCUGAUGCCUUGGGCAGGAUCAUUGGGAAUCUGGUGUUAACGAAUAAAAAAGCCCAGUAUGUCAUCACUCAUAAACUGCUUUUACUACAGUACAAGUAUGAGACUCGAGUCUUAAGAAUUGUUCUGGGUUACCUCGCAGCAGACAGGGAGCGAAGGCCGCUCCUCAUCCAGGUGUUACGGUCUGUGUCCCAGGCCUGGGCUAACCCCAGUGCAGUGAAGCACACACCUUUAGAGCAGCAGCUGUAUGUCAGCAAGGCCUUACUGCUCUGUGUAAGUCUGCUGAAGGACUCUGAGCUACAGGAGCUACGCUCAGACUUACUUCAGUGUAUGCUGGGCGGCAUGCAGAGCCACCUGGACAGCAGUGUGGUGCGUAUAAGGCGUGUGGGCAUGGUGGUGGGAGAGUGCCUGAGCUCUCGCAUGGAUAUCAGUGGAACCAAGCUCAAAUUCGAGUAUGAUCAGGAUGAGGAAACUCAAGAGCUGCUUUCUCUGAUGACUCCCAUAGCUGUUGAUGAACCAGAGGCUGAGCCUGUAAACAGAGUCGACUCUCCUCCAGACACCAAUGAGACUCCAUCUACUCAGAAUGUUUCAUCUCAAAAUAAAUCAGGACCACAGCCAGACUCCGACCUGGACAGCGAUGAUGAGCUCACUCCGUAUGAUAUGUCUGGCGAUCAGGAAAUAAGUGAAGCCUCCCCACCCCGCUACCUACGAGACUGUCUGGAAACUUUAAUUUCCUCUGAGGACCCGGUGCGUGUGGAGCUCAGUUUGAGAGUUGCAGAGGGUUUGGUGAGGAAGAACGUCUUUGCAACCAAAGAGAUCGGUGUCCAGCUGACCAAAGUGCUUCUUCACAUGGAAGAUAAAUACAGCAUAAAGGGCUUCCUGAGUCUCAGACAGGCGACCAUGGUGGCGCUCACUGUCGCUGACUGUAUCCAAGUGACUCAGUAUUUGACCACAGAGUUUUACUCCUUGAACUACAGUCUUCGCCAGCGGCUCGAUAUCCUGGAGGUCCUUGCUCUUGCAGCGCAGGAGCUCUCUAAGCCAAUCACUGAAAAGGGAAAUUCAUCUAUAGGAACCGCUGCCAGCACUGAUUUGACUCCAUACCCCGGUGACAACCCUGUUCACUGGCGACAAGAAGUCGAGAAGCGCAUUCAAAGCAAGACAAAACGCCUCAGGAAGGGUGCCACACAGCCUGCAGCUAAAGCCACUCCUAACCGUUACGCCCCUGUUGCUGGACACUUUUUUUUCCCUCUGCUCAGGAAUUAUGACAAGCCACAGGUGACCUUUGACCUGUUGGGCAGCGACCAUCUGGUACUGGGCAGGUUGAUCCACACCUUGGGCCUCUUCAUGCAUCUGGCAGUCAAUGCACCGAUAGCUGCACAGAUGGGUCGUGCUUUACUGGACUUUGUGUGGGCGGUGCGCUACCAUGCUGACCAAAUGGUGAGACGAGGCGUCCUCUUCGCUGUUUGCUCAGUGUUUUUGAGCAUGAACAGUCAGAACCUGCUGGUGGACCUCAGUGAUCAGCUGUUUGAGACCAGAACUUGGCUGGCAGAUGUAGCUGAAGGAGACCCUGAUGCGGAUUGCCGGAGUCUGGCUGUACAGAGCCUGGUACUGCUGGAUAAGAGCCUAAAGAAACAGCUACAAGAUCAGCAAGCACUGGGCCUGGAGUCGUGAUCACAGCAUCACUAACGAACAAUGAAAUACUGAAUGCAUCCUCCGCCUGGUCCUCACAGAGCCCGAAGACCUGGAGUAUUGGGGUCGAUGGAAACGAUGUUGCGGAUAUUGGCUGGCAGAGCUUAUCAUAUCCUGGAACACACAGACAGCCAGCAGAAAAAGAGGCCAUGUGUCUUUUUACACCUUUGUUUCACUGUAUUGUUUAGAUGAACAUCUCUGUCUCAGCUCUUUAUAAUUUAUGAACCAGAUAAAAUAUUGAUUGAAUAGCGAAUAGGAUGCCAUUUUUGUGCACCAAUAAAAUGUAUGUCAUGAGGAUAUCCUUUUCAAACCUCUUUCCUGCCCUGGCACAUCUCUCUGUACGGUGGUUGUUUGUUUGCAAAGGACAUCCUGUGAAUAUUCACCUGCAUGCACGCAUUCACAAAUAAUGGAAAAACUACUGCUACUUCCUCUUGUGACAUAAAUGUACAUCUGUAUGUUCUCAACAAUGAAGCAUUUUGAAAUAUACAA